ACCAAGGCUAGGAAAGUAACCUGAGGAAAAUGUGAUCCUUCUGGAUGCCCACCAAGCCGAGAAGUCCUCACAGCGCACUGUCAUCUUCGCUGAGCUCUGGGGCAGAACUACCACGCACUUCCAGACCCAGCAAGAUCCAGGCCUACUGCCAAAACUAAGGCAGUGACCUGCCCACUCACCACUACGGCGCGUGGACCAGGCUCUACUGCGAUGUUUUACCUGGCUGCGGCCGUGUCAGAUUUCUAUGUUCCUGUUUCUGAAAUGCCUGAACACAAGAUCCAGUCAUCUGGGGGCCUACUGCAGAUAACAAUGAAGAUGGUGCCAAAAAUGCUUUCUCCUUUGGUUAAAGAUUGGGCUCCCAAGGCAUUUAUAAUUUCUUUUAAGUUGGAGACUGAUCCCUCCAUUGUAAUUAAUCGUGCUUGGAACGCUUUGGAAAUUUAUCAACAUCAAGUGGUGGUGGCUAAUAUCCUUGAAUCACGACAGUCCUGUGUGGUUAUCGUAACCAAAGACUCAGAAACCAAGUUAUUGCUAUCAGAGGGAGAAGUAGGAAAAGGCAUAGAGAUAGAAGAGAAGAUAGUGGAUAAUCUUCGAUCUCGACACACAGCCUUUAUAUGUGAAAAAAACUGAAGUAAAAGCCCUUAUAGGGUCAAAUAUUAUUCAGGGCUCUUAUAGCUGGUGAGAACUAUAAUAAAUCCUUUGCUUUCAUAAGGACAGAGAAAAUGAAGGAAAGGGAAAAAGUGAUGUGCAAAUAUAGUUUGGUAUUUUAUCUUUUAAUGACCAAACCACCUGACACAUUCACCUGAAUGUCAUCUUGAUUUUGAAAUUGAACACUAGAGCUGUUUCUCACCUUUAACAAAAGAGCUUAUUGGGAAUUAUAUAUUCCUCCAAAUCUACAUGGGGGCCUGAAUAUCAGCCUUCUUCAUACUACAAAAAGAGGAUUAUGGAUGCAUGAGUGGUCAUGCUUUGAAGAUCAAAUAUUUGUUGAGUGCCUACUAUGUGUUAAGUCCUAUGAUGAGCUAUGAGGAUUAAAACAAUGAAUAAACAUGUCUUGUUUGGGAAAUGGAUGUAUAAAAAAAUACAAUAAAGUGUGUGCCCAAAAGCUGCA